AUGGGGACAGCACAGCAGCUGCUUACCUUCGUAUUUGGAAGUGUUGCAUUUAGUCUAAUACUUCGAUCAAUCUACCGCGUAUACUUCCACCCAUUGUCCAAGUAUCCCGGCCCAAAAAUCGCGGCCAUCUCAGAUGUUUGGUAUGCAUACCAUUCAUUGGCAGGACGAUGGCCCUGGGCCGUCGAGAGUGCGCUCAAAAAGUAUGGCGACGUUGUCCGUAUCGCACCCAACGAGCUGGUUUUUGUCACUCCGAAGGCUUUGGCUGAUCUCUACGGCUCCCAUAACAAAAACCAAGAGCUUUUUCCAAAAACGCAGAUUAACAAUCAUGGAAAUGACGAACAUGGCGGUCUUAUCUGGGAGUGGGAUCCCGUACGACACCGUCAGGUAGCUAGAAGAUUGUCUCCAGCUUUCAAAGGGUCGGCGCUCAAAGCCAAAGAACCGACUUUACAUAGAUAUAUUGACCUUUUCGUUGAACGUAUGAAGACGCUAGGUGGGAGGGUUGAGGGGGUCAGCCUGCCUACAUGGAUUAACUGGUUAUGCGUGGAUAUUUCGGCCGAUAUGGCCUAUAAUCGGGAGAUGAACGCUCUAAAAGACAUGAAAACCCCGCCGUAUCUCAGUCUCCUUUCAGGUUUUAAUAAGGCCUUAGUCGUUAUCCAGAUGUCAUGGAGAUUUCCUUUUCUCAGCCCGUUGAAAUAUCUCAUCCUAUUCACCACCAUGAGGCCCCAUUCCCACAUUAGGGACCACAGCCGUGAGCAGUUGGAACGGCGUAUUCGACGUAAAGGUUCUGCUUUGCACCUCGACUUUUUCGAACAGAUCAUUCCAGAAGACCGCGAACCUCCAAAAGACCGAAAAGAGCUACGGCAUUUGGAACAAGUUGCAGGCCAGCUACUGGUGGCGGGAUACGAGCCUCCGGCGUUAUGGUUUUAUUUUACUAUCUAUUAUCUCCUUAAGAACCCUGAUAUUCUGCAAACAUUAACAGACGAAAUUAGGGGUGCUUUUAAGGCUUACGACGACAUUACGUCAGAUACAGCUGCAUCAUUAACUUACUUGACAGCCUCUUUAAAAGAAUCACUCCGAGUAAUGCCAGGCGUUCUUACGGGAAUGCCGGUUGUUAGUCCAGGAGCUUUAGUAGAUGGGACCUUUAUUCCGAAGGGGGUUAUUUGUCAAUCCAGCUCCUUUGCGCUGGCACGUAGCAGAUAUAACUUCCAUAAACCAUUGGACUUCCGACCCGAGCGCUGGUUACCGAAGCAGCACCCACUCUACGACCCGCAGUUUGCCGAUGAUAAUUGUAAAGGCUUCCAGCCGUUCAGCCAGGGCCCUCGGAUGUGCGCAGGGAGGGAGAUCGCCUGGUGGCAAAGUAGGUUGUUUAUAGCUAAGGUUUUGUGGACAUUCGAUCUGGAAAUGGUCUCGGGACAAAAUAUCAAUAUGGACAAAGACUUGAGAGGAUGGGGUAUGUACGAAAAGCCCGAGGUUCGCGUCAGAUUUGUGCCGGCAGUGCAUACUACACGGGCAUAGCUUGCGGUCUUGGUAUCUUAGGUCUUCGACACGAAAUCCUCUUCCGUUGCCUCCAGGUAUCUUUUCAAAUUCUAUCGAAUGCGAAACAUGUGGCGGCCAGGAAGUACUUGCCGCUCCUCAGAACGGUACUUCACGGAUCCUCAACUAAUAAAUAACGAUCUACUUGAAUUCCGCUCAAGUAUCAUGUGUAAUAGUCAUAGCCUGCCUAUCGUGUAUCCAUACCUCGCCUAAUGGCUACCCUGGAUUUAUAUGCAGUUGGUUGGCGACUUAUGCAGUUGGCAAUCUUUAAAACAAAAGGCAACGUAAGCG